AUGUUCUCUGGACCACAAAAGCAAGUCCUGCGAACCGGCGAUCGCGUGCGUGCCCACUUCCAGAAUCGAUACGGCACGAAAAGCUCAGCCACCGACGUGGGCACCUUGCUCCAGUUCACGACCUCAGAAGUCGAGAUCCAUUUCGACGAUGGCGCUGUGCAGUGCGUCUCCAAGACCUGGAUCGCCGAGCGUAUGUCUGCAUGGGACUUGGACCUUGCGCCGGGCGAUAUUGUCUACGCGCACUAUGCCUCUGGCAAGGGGCGAACGGUCAACACCGACCUUGGCAUAGUAGUGGCCGUCCUCGACGGUGGCCGAGUUCGGAUCCGGUUUCAGGACCAGAUCAUGCAAACCAUCCCGAUGGGAUGGGUUGAGCAGGUAAUGCGGUUAGAGCCCGGAGAUCGUGUAAAUGCCUUCUUCAAGGUCAAUGACGGGAGGGGCGCAAAAAGCGUCAAGACCGACAUGGGCUCAGUGCUUGCCGUCUCAAAAGAGGACGUGUACAUAGUUUUCGACGACAACGUGGAGCAGAAUGUGCCCAAGACUUGGGUGUGUCAUCGUGCCCGGCCCUGGAACCUGCAGGUCGAAGUCGGAAGUGUUGCAGACGUUCACUUCGAGGUGGGUGAAGACGGGCGUCGGAGCACCAGCACUGAUAUUGGGAUCAUUCUCUCUGAUCCCAUCGAUGGCCGCGUACAGGUUCAAUUCCAGGAUACCAUCCAGCAGACGGUCCCUCUCGGAUGGAUCGUUCGGCUACGCGAGUGGGCCGUUGGCGAUCGAGUGCAGGCCCACUUCAAGACCGGCGGUGGUGAGAAGAGCACAGACACUGAUGUUGCCACAGUGAUGAGCUCUUCUUUGCUGGAGGUGGAGCUGUACUUUGACGAUGGCAUCCAACAAAACGUCUCCAAGGCCUGGGUGACGGAGCGGAUUCGGGACUGGCACGCCGAGGUGUUGGAGCUGGCACCCGGGGAUGUGGUCAUCGCGCACUUCAAGCGUCCGGGAAACCAUUGCCGGAGUGUGCAAACGGACCGGGGCAUAGUGCUGGCACUGUUGCCGCGGGGUGAGGUCUCUGUCACGUUCCAGGAUGACAUAACGCAGGUGAUUCCCAAAGGUUGGAUCCAGGCGGUAGCAACACGUUGGUCUGGGCAGCGGGACGAGUUUGCCCGAGACAAGGCCUCGGAGAUUGUCAGCUUCGAGUCCAAGCAGAGGGCACAACGUCCUCUCGUUCCGGCUACAGGUACCGAGUGUGUCAUCUGUAUGGAUGCCAAGCCUAACGGCGUCAUUGUGCACGGAGAGACGUGUCAUCAGAGCACCUGCUUCACAUGUGCAAAGCGCUUGCAACGAGCAGGCGAUUCCUGUCCAAUUUGCCGGGAAGUCAUUGACCAAGUGUGCAAACUCCAUGGCGACUGA